CCAAUAUCCUCAGAUGGUCUUCAAGAUGGUGGAGAGGACAUAGAAUCUACUGUUAAUAGUUCUGUUCAUACUUCAGCAAAAGUGAGCAAAGAAGAAGAUGAAGAACCUCUGUCUGACUAUAUGCAGACCUUGCUGAAGAUGAUUGGAGACAGGGUUAGUAAGGAAUUAGCUGAAGAAGAAAGUCAAUCCAAGUACAAGUUAAAAAGUGACAUACCCUUAAUUGAAAACAAAGAAACAGUGACCAAAGAUGACCACGUUAUUCCCAGAAGCGUCACCAAGAGACCUAAAAGUUCCCCUGCUUCAGUGAUGACACCUACGGGCCUAUUCAUUAGGAAAAAAAGUAAGAUGCCUUCAGAGAUGAGGGAGCUGUUCUUUGAAGUUGCUGAUGAAGCAGAUAUGUGCUUACAUGAUAAAGUGGAGGCCAUUGAAAGGAGGCGUCAAGAAUUCAGCACCCAAAAGUAUCACUCUUUGGCUACAAUCAGCAAUUUCCGCCAAGAUCUGGAAAAAAUGAGAAAAAAAUACUGUCAUGUUAAAGAAGAGAAAGAUUACACAGACACAAAAAACUGGUUUGUAGUUUACACAGUCUAGAAUUCCAGAAGACAUGAAAAACAACCAGAAAAUCAAAAAGAUUUUAGAAAAACUUGAAAAGUUAGAAGAGAAAAAGUUUUUCAGAAUACGUGUCAAUUCCUUCCUUAAGGUGCUAGCUGGACUUCGUCAUUGGGAACUAUGUUCUCCUGAUAUAUGUGUGGCUAUAGAGUUUGUGAGGGAGCAUCUGGUGCAGAUGCCAUUAGAGGACUACACAACUUGGCUCCAGACAAGACUGGCUUCUUCGCUAUCCCAUAGAGUCCAGAGUGCACCUCCACAAAGAUGA